AUGCAGAAGAUGAUCUCGUCUGAGCUCUCCGAUUGUUGGAGAGAUGAAGAAGACUUUACGUGGCGUCUGUUGAAAAAGGCUUCACAAGUUAUUUAUUUACACUUCGCGUUGAAGAAACGUGCAAUAAUUGAGGAAUUUCAUGAGAAACAAGAGCAGGCGAAAGAAUGGCUUCAAAACAUAGGAAUUGGAGAUCAGACAGCAGUGGUGCGUGAUGAUGAUGAACCUGAUGAUGGAGCUGUUCUAUUGUAUAGUGAAGAGAGUGCUAAAAACAGAUAUGUUCCAUCCAGAGCUGCUUUACCAAUCAUUCGCCCAGCACUAGGUAGGCAGCAGACCAUUUCGGACAAAGCAAAAGCUGCAAUGCAAGGGUAUCUCAAUCACUUUCUGGGAAACAUGGAUAUUGUAAAUUCCCAAGAGGCGAAAGAAUGGCUUCAAAACAUAGGAAUUGGAGAUCAGACAGCAGUGGUGCGUGAUGAUGAUGAACCUGAUGAUGGAGCUGUUCUAUUGUAUAGUGAAGAGAGUGCUAAAAACAGAUAUGUUCCAUCCAGAGCUGCUUUACCAAUCAUUCGCCCAGCACUAGGUAGGCAGCAGACCAUUUCGGACAAAGCAAAAGCUGCAAUGCAAGGGUAUCUCAAUCACUUUCUGGGAAACAUGGAUAUUGUAAAUUCCCAAGAGGUUUGCAAGUUUUUGGAGGUGUCUAAGUUAUCAUUUUCACAAGAGUAUGGCCCAAAGUUGAAAGAGGGUUAUGUAAUGGUGAAGCAUCUGGCAAAAAUUCCAAGGGAUAACGCAGACACAAGAUGUUGUAUGUGUUGUUGGUCUGGCUGUUGUAAUAAUAAUUGGCAAAAGCAAAGUGGAGGAGGAGGAGAGGGUUCGGAAUUGCCACGGCGAAGAGUUUCGAUCAGAUUUUCUGAUCAGAUUUUCUGCAAAUCUGAUCAGAUUUUCUGCCUUGGUGACUUCUUGAAACGGCUGUGCGCGUGUUCUUCUCCUCUGCUCGAUGUCUUCUGCUAUUGCUGGGUUGGUGAAUCUUUCUGCCUUGGUGACUUCUUGCGAGCAGAUUUUCUGCCGAACAUGAAACCAUACCAGCAGGAGACGGCUGUGUGCGUGCUCUUCUCUUCUUCUCUUCCUUCUGCCUCCUUGUUUCUAUCGUUGGUUUGGGCUGUCCUGAAACCUGGCUUCUUGGCCUUACUGGAAGAUCCUUUUGAUGUCAAACUUUUAGAUAUAAUUGUUUUUGAUCUGCUACCAGCUUCAAAUGGAGAUGGGAAAAGCCUAGUAUCAUUGGCAGAUGAGAUAAAGGAACGUAAUCCUUUGCGUUAUGCAUUUAAGGUUUGGGCUGUCCUGAAACCUGGCUUCUUGGCCUUACUGGAAGAUCCUUUUGAUGUCAAACUUUUAGAUAUAAUUGUUUUUGAUCUGCUACCAGCUUCAAAUGGAGAUGGGAAAAGCCUAGUAUCAUUGGCAGAUGAGAUAAAGGAACGUAAUCCUUUGCGUUAUGCAUUUAAGGUUUGGGCUGUCCUGAAACCUGGCUUCUUGGCCUUACUGGAAGAUCCUUUUGAUGUCAAACUUUUAGAUAUAAUUGUUUUUGAUCUGCUACCAGCUUCAAAUGGAGAUGGGAAAAGCCUAGUAUCAUUGGCAGAUGAGAUAAAGGAACGUAAUCCUUUGCGUUAUGCAUUUAAGGUUUCUUGUGGAAACCGGAGCAUAAAGUUGAGAACUACAAGUUACGCCAAAGUCAGAGACUGGGUUUCUGCUAUCAAUGAUGCCGGUUUAUGGCCUCCAGAAGGGUGGUGUAAUCCUCAUCGCUUUGGUUCUUUUGCUCCUCCCAGGGGUUUGAUUGAAGAUGGUAGUCAAGCUCAGUGGUUCAUAGACGGAAAAGCAGCAUUUGAAGCAAUUGCAUCAUCAAUAGAGAGCGCAAAAUCUGAGAUUUACAUUACUGGAUGGUGGCUUUGCCCAGAAGUGUAUUUGAGACGUCCGUUUCACAGUCAUGGCUCCACUCGACUUGAUGCUUUACUUGAAACUAAGGCUAAAGAAGGGGUCAAGAUUUACAUCCUUUUAUACAAGGAGGUUUCUAUUGCUUUAAAAAUCAACAGUUUAUACAGUAAGAAAAAGCUUCUUAACAUUCAUGAGAAUGUAAGAGUGUUGCGUUACCCAGACCAUUUCUCAACCGGCGUUUACUUGUGGUCACAUCAUGAAAAACUUGUCAUUGUUGAUCAUCAUAUUUGCUUUAUGGGGGGACUAGACUUAUGUUUUGGACGCUAUGACACAAUUGAACACAAAGUGGGUGAUUGCCCUCCUUUUUUAUGGCCUGGAAAGGACUAUUACAACCCAAGAGAAUCUGAACCAAAUUCUUGGGAAGAUGCUAUGAAAGAUGAACUGGAGCGUGGAAAAUAUCCUCGUAUGCCAUGGCAUGAUGUCCAUUGUGCUCUUUGGGGACCACCCUGUCGAGAUGUUGCUAGGCAUUUUGUUCAGCGUUGGAACCAUGCGAAGAGAAGUAAAGCUCCAAAUGAACAAACAAUACCACUCCUUAUGCCACGACACCACAUGGUUAUCCCACACUACAUGGGAAGAAGCAGAAAGAUGGACAUUGAAAGUAACACCACUGAAGUAAAGCAGAAAGACAUCAGUAGACAGGAUUCGUUUUCCUCCAGAUCACCGUUAGAAGAUAUCCCAUUGCUUUUGCCCCAGGAAGCUGGUGGACUAGAUGCUUCCAACAUCGAUAGCAACUUAAAUGGCUUGGACCAGAGCCACUAUCAUCUAGAUCAGCCAAGCAGGUCUGGUCCAGGCCCUUCAUUCUUUUUUGAGGAAGCCAAAGUGGAACCUUUAAUACCAGAUAUGCAGAUAAAAGGCUUUGUGGAUGAUUUUGAUUCUUUGGAUCUUCAAAACACAAUGAUUAUAGAUGCAGUAGCAGAGUCUGGCUUGCAAAUUUCUGAUGAGUGGUGGGAAACACAAGAGCGAGGUUGUCAAGUUGUUUCACCUGAUGAAACUUCACAAAUUGGUCNUCGAGAUGUUGCUAGGCAUUUUGUUCAGCGUUGGAACCAUGCGAAGAGAAGUAAAGCUCCAAAUGAACAAACAAUACCACUCCUUAUGCCACGACACCACAUGGUUAUCCCACACUACAUGGGAAGAAGCAGAAAGAUGGACAUUGAAAGUAACACCACUGAAGUAAAGCAGAAAGACAUCAGUAGACAGGAUUCGUUUUCCUCCAGAUCACCGUUAGAAGAUAUCCCAUUGCUUUUGCCCCAGGAAGCUGGUGGACUAGAUGCUUCCAACAUCAAUAGCAACUUAAAUGGCUUGGACCAGAGCCACUAUCAUCUAGAUCAGCCAAGCAGGUCUGGUCCAGGCCCUUCAUUCUUUUUAGAGGAAGCCAAAGUUGAACCUUUAAUACCAGAUAUGCAGAUAAAAGGCUUUGUGGAUGAUUUUGAUUCUUUGGAUCUUCAACACACAAUGAUUAUAGAUGCAGUAGCAGAGUCUGGCUUGCAAAUUUCUGAUGAGUGGUGGGAAACACAAGAGAAAGGUUGUCAAGUUGUUUCACCUGAUGAAACUUCACAAAUUGGUUCCCGUACUUCUUGCCGUUGUCAGGUUAUCAGAAGUGUCAGCCAGUGGUCUGCUGGAACAGGUCAAACUGAAGACAGCAUUCAUAAAGCUUAUUGUUCUCUCAUCGAUAAAGCAGAACACUUCGUCUACAUCGAGAAUCAAUUUUUUAUAUCGGGACUUUCGGGAGAUGAUAUCAUACAGAAUCGUGUCCUGGAAGCUAUAUACAGGCGUAUCAUUCGUGCACACAAAGAACAGAAGUGCUUCAGGAUUAUUAUUGUCAUACCGCUCCUACCCGGCUUUCAGGGGGGUCUAGAUGAUGGUGGAGCGGCAACUGUGAGAGCCAUAAUGCAUUGGCAGUAUCGAACCAUUUGCAGAGGAAACAACUCAAUACUGUACAGUCUUAAUGCAUUGCUCGGUCCUAAAACAUAUGAUUACAUAUCUUUCUAUGGUCUCAGGACGUAUGGUCGACUUUUUGACGGCGGUCCCGUGGUCACAAGUCAGGUGUAUGUCCACAGCAAAGUGAUGAUAAUCGAUGACCGCAUUUCCUUGGUUGGGUCAUCCAAUGUAAACGAUAGGAGUUUGCUUGGAUCAAGAGACACUGAGAUUGGGGUACUCAUUGAAGAUAACGAAUUUGUUGAAUCCUCAAUGAAUGGACAGCCAUGGAAGGCUGGAAAAUUUUCUUUUACUCUUCGCCUGUCCCUGUGGUCAGAGCACCUUGGUUUACCUGCCAGAGAGAUUAAUCAAAUCAAAGACCCUAUAGCCGACGCUACAUACAAAGAUUUGUGGUUGGCGACUUCAACGACAAAUAGCUUGAUCUACCAAGAUGUGUUCUCUUGCAUCCCAACUGACCUUAUACACUCCAGGUCAGCACUUAGACAAAGUGCGAGCUAUUGGAAAGAGAAACUUGGGCACACUACAAUUGAUUUAGGAGUAGCUCCUGAGAAACUUGAACUCUUUGGGAAUGGAAAAAUCACAUCAACAUAUCCAAUGGAGAUGCUAAAAUCGGUGAGAGGAUAUCUUGUUUCUUUUCCGUUAGAGUUCAUGUGUCAAGAAGAUUUGAGACCAAUGUUUAGUGAGGGAGAGUUUUAUACAUCUCCUCAUGUGUUUCAUUAGUAGUAUUCUGUAUGGCUAUUCAAAUUGAUGGGACUUACAAUAGAACAUUGUACACCCAAGACUAAGUAUAGAUAACAUGCUACCUACACAAGAUUCAGG